CGGGGGCCACGGCAGCUCCGAGCAGUGCGCACCGCGGCGGCCAAGGCGCAGGCGGCCGGGGAGGGGCGCGUAGGGGCCGGGCGCCGAGGGGCCGAGCGCGGAGAGGGCCGGGCCGGGCCGGGUGCGCGGGGCCCGACGGCGCGGGAGGAGCGCGCGCCCCGCAGCCGCAGCCGCAGCCGCAGCCGCAGCCGCAGCCCUCCGGGCAUGGGGCGCCCCGCGGCCGCCUGAAACGCGGGCUUGGCCCGGCUGCACGCGGGCGGGGACCGAGGCGCCGAGCCGCCCCUGAUCUCCGGUGGCCCGGGCUGGAGGCUGCGGGGCUGCGGGGCUGCGGGGCUGGAGGCUGCGGGGCAGAGCGCGCGCUGCAGCAGCGGCUCCCCAGGACCGGGGUCGCCAGACGCUCCGCGCCCCGGGCGGUUCAGCGAGCGCGGGAGGUGCCCCAGGAAGACCGGAGAUGUGCUGCCCACCCCGCCUCCUGCUGGCAUACCUGUUCCCGGCCCUCCUGCUGCACGGGCUGGGAGAGGCUUCUGCCCUCCUUCAUCCGGACAGUAGAUCCCAUCCGAGAUCGUUAGAGAAGAGCGCCUGGAGGGCUUUCAAGGAAUCCCAGUGCCAUCAUAUGCUCAAACACCUCCACAAUGGUGCAAGGAUCACUGUGCAGAUGCCACCCGCGAUCGAAGGCCACUGGGUAUCCACUGGCUGUGAGGUGAGGUCAGGCCCCGAGUUCAUCACACGGUCUUACAGCUUCUACCACAAUAAUACCUUCAAAGCCUUUCAGUUCUACUACGGGGGCAACCGCUGCACAAACCCCACCUACACCCUUGUCAUCCGGGGCAAGAUCCGCUUACGCCAGGCCUCCUGGAUCAUACGUGGGGGCACCGAGGCCGACUACCAGCUUCACAGCGUCCAGGUCAUAUGCCACACGGAGGCCGUGGCAGAGAGGCUCAGCCAGCUGGUGAACCGCACAUGCCCAGGCUUCAUGGCCGCGGGGGCCGCCUGGGUGCAGGACGUGCCCUAUGAGCUGUGGCGCGAGGAGAACGGCUGUGAGUGCACCAAGGCCGUGAACUUCGCCAUGCACGAGCUGCAGCUCAUCCGCGUGGAGAAGCAGCAUCUGCAGCAUAACCUGGACCGCCUGGUGGAGGAGCUGUUCUUAGGGGACAUCCACACCGACGUCUCCCAGAGGAUGUUCUACCGGCCAUCCAGCUACCAGCCACCCCUGCAGAAUGCCAAGAACCACGACCACGCCUGCAUAGCCUGCCGCAUCAUCCACCGGUCGGACGAGCACCACCCCCCGCUCCUGCCCCCCAAGGCCGACCUGACCGUGGGUCUGCACGGCGAGUGGGUGAGCCAGCGCUGCGAGGUGCGGCCGGAGGUGCUCUUCCUCACACGUCACUUCAUCUUCCACGACAACAACAACACCUGGGAGGGACACUACUACCACUACUCGGACCCGGUCUGCAAGCACCCCACUUUCACCAUCUAUGCAAAGGGCCGCUACAGCCGUGGGGUCCACUCUUCCAGGGUCAUGGGAGGCACAGAGUUCGUGUUCAAAGUGAAUCACAUGAAGGUCACCCCCAUGGAUGUGGCCACAGCCUCACUCCUGAAUGUCUUCAACGGGAAUGAGUGUGGAGCUGAGGGCUCCUGGCAGGUGGGUGUCCAGCAGGAUGUGACACACACCAACGGCUGUGUGGCGCUGGGAAUCAAACUACCUCACACAGAGUAUGAGAUCUUCAAGAUGGAGCAGGAUGCCCGUGGCCGCUAUCUGCUCUUCAAUGGCCAGAGGCCUAGCGACGGAUCCAGUCCAGACAGACCAGAGAAGAGAGCCACAUCCUACCAGAUGCCCUUAGUCCAGUGCGCGUCCUCAACACCAAGAGGGGAGGACUUCUCUGAAGACCAGAGGCGUGCCCAGCAUGGGAGCCAGGCCCCUCAGGGGAGUGCCUGCCCCCUGCUUCUUGCUCUGCUUGCUGGACUUUUGACUGUGUUGCACUGGAACAUCCUCAGAUAGAAGUUAUUUUUGUUCAUUUCUGUUUUCCUAAGUUUUAUAUUUCCAAGCAGGAUUCCUUACAAUCUGCAGAUCUUUAUUAAAAGAAAGAAGACUUAUUCUUUUGAUGCACUUGAAUGCCAGCAAACUAUUGUUCCUCGUCUCUUCAGCCCUUGCCUCCUCCAGGCCUGUGUCACGAGCAGCCUGUUUGAAGUUCCUGCUUUGAACUCCAUCCAGUCAGAUCCCUGGCCUGGGCACCCCGAGGAUGGUAGUAGUUGCACUUUAAGCUUGCAAACGGUUUGGAGCUAGCUUGUUGGGUGGAGGCAGCAGGGAUGAAAGCUGAAUUCUCUUCUUCCUCUAAAUUAAUCUUCUGUGGCUAAGUUGAACUUAGAAGAAACAGCUGUUAAGCUGCAGCUCUUCCUACCAUCACACUGUUUUCUUUGGAAACUGCUUUGCUCCCCAAAAUGCACAACCUGAGUUCCAGUGCGGUGGAUCUGGAAUCACCAUCAAGACAUUUUUUUAUAUAUAUAUAACUAAAGAGGAGACUUGAGUGUAGAUAUGUAAAUAUGGAGACACAGAGUUUCACCACCAUGAUGACAACCUUCAUAAAAAAUAAAAAGAAUAAAAAAAGAAAGAAAGGGAAAGAGAGAGAAUCCGAACUUUGAAUGUUGAGUGGCAAUUGUAUUUGUAAUUAAAAUUUUUUAAAGUAAUUUAAACUAUUGUUGCUUUGACUUGUUGGGGAAAGAGAUAUUUGUUACCUGCUGGUUUGGGGUGGUUGCAGAAAAUAUGUUACUUUCUUACCUGCUCAGCAGACAGUGGUGGUUGGCAUCUACCUGAAGCAGUUCUGUUACCAGCCAGCCAUGGCAGAAAGGUACAGGAUGGUGACAGCAAAUUAAAUAGGGAUAAAUGCUAAAGUGGUGGUUCAUUUCACAGUUCACAGGAUCUCCAGCCUGGCUCCAGUGGUAUCUAGCUAGGACCAAGCUGAUGGAACUUCAUUCUGGCAUCUCUAGCUUCAGAAAUGAACACAGAGACCAGGAGUGUGUGUUUCAGGACCUGGUUGUCCAGAGUGGGGUGGGGGUCGCCUAGCCUUGUGCUCUGUUAGACCCUCAACUUGGGUGAAACCCAAGUUUUAUGUAAGGACCCCCUUAUCGUCUGACGCAUCAGCUUGACCGAGUUUCUGUACAAUUACUGCCUUGAUUUGUCUCAGGAUCACCUUAUGCAGACUGUAAAUUUAUUUCUCACAGACACUGAAAGGGCUCAAGAGUCAUGUCUGCCAUUCUGUUGCAAUUUUACAGAUGGUACUAUUUGAGUACCACAUCCUGUUGCCAAUAGAGACUGAUGUAGGGAAAUGCUGCUGCCCCAAAGCCUGCAUGUCACAAACUGCAAACCUGGAAACCAUUGUCAAGGUCAAGAGUCAUACUUGUAUUUAAUAGUGAACUUUAUGAAGUGCCGAAGCACUCAGUGUGUCGCUCAGUUAUGACCAAGGACGGCAUUGAGCACCACAGUCUGUCUUUAGAUCGAUGUUAAGUCGUACUGCGUACGGAAGGGGUUUCUGCAGAUGAAACUACUAACUUGAUGUCUGCUAAGUUUAAUAAACAGAGGUCAAAAUACUUCCACAAAAAUACAUUUUUACCUGUGGGUCUAUUUAAUACAAUUUGUGCCUUUAGAGGAUAUAAUAAAAUUAUAUUGAAAAAUA